AUGGCGGCUGAGCCUGAAAUUAUCGCCUUACUCGAUAAAUUCAUGACAACGUCCGGAAUUCCGAACAGAGUCUCGGCAGACGAAGUGUGUCGAGAUGGGGCUCCCGAUGGGGCUCCCGUUGAUGUCGUCUCAGAAGGCCCUGUACGAGCGCCUUGGCUACUUAUUCUUUUACAUAUCGCUCGCAAAUACAAUCUAACUGUGAAUUCUACCGAAGGAGAACAAGAAUCCAUUAACAAGUUUGCGAAUGCAGAGCUGGAACGCUUGAGCCACUCGGUCGACCCGAGAUGUCGUAAGGCAGCCAAGAUAAACAAGUUCUGGCUUACCCAGGAGGUUGCCGCCGAACAGCUGUGCGGGAUGCUCCAGACGAAGAAGAAUAGGAAGUUGUGGAAUGAGGAGUUGGGUGGUCUUGAUUCUCAAUUACUUUCUGUCUUGCACAUAUUUACCGAGAUCGGGCGGCUGCCAUAUGGUGGAUUGCUGCCAGAGAACCAUGACUGCGAUCGCGACAUCUACGUGGAACUUAACGAGACUAUUGCAGCCUUAGUCAAGAGAGAUUUCGAGCGAUUAGAGUCUCUGACUCCGGCUUCUGCAAUUCCCUUUGUGAAAAAAUCCUGGAAGUACUUGCGGGACCAAGGCUAUGGUGGCCUGGGCACCGUCCGACUGUCGCUUAACUCCACCGACCCAACGUCUUCCACCAACCGAACGUCUUCCACCGACCCAACGUCUUCCACCGACCGAACGUCUUCCACCGACCCAAUGUCUUCCAACGACCGAACGUCUUCCACCGACCGACCGCCCUUGAGCGACUUGGCUUCCAGUUUGCACGCUGUUAUGAAAGAUAUUGACUUCAGAGGGGACACGUCCGAUGCGGUCAUCAUUAACGACCACCCGAAUCACGAAUUGAGUCACGUACUCACCACUGUGCCCCCACCCUCGCUCAAGGGAGCGGUCAUUCUCGGCUUGGCGAUGAUGAAUGACCCACAGCUCAUUGUACCCCGACAAGGAGUCUUGCAACAAAUUGUACUAGGAUCAGACCAGGCCAGAACAGAUUGUCGGCAACGAAGUACGCCAGGACAGACCAGCGAACGAGAGCGCGGGUUUACAUUGGGUUUGGUUGAGUACGAAGCGGCACUACGACACGCUUGUUUGGAAGUUUGUGAAGAAGCAAAAAUCGACCACUGUGUAGUGGACUGGGCGGUGGAACGAGCGACUUUGGACGUUACCAAGAUGGACCCUGUGUUACAGCCCACCCAAAGUGGCAUCCUGGGGGGGCUUGUGACCACGGAAAUCCUUAAGUCCAUAACCAGACAAUUUACUCCUUUCCACGGAACACUUGUGUUCGACCCAUUCACCACCCACACACUCAUGAUUCCUUACGUGUAA